GAUAUGAGACCCAUUAACGUAGUCGAAGGCGAAGGCUUCAAACAAUUAAUGAAAAAGAUGGAGCCCGGUUACGUUCUCCCCAAACGCUCCAGUAUUUCACAGGCCUUGUCUCUGAAGUACAGCGAUCUCCAAGAUCAAGUUUCAGCUCUUAUUGAAAACUCCUCUGCAUUAAGUUUAACAACAGACAUUUGGACCUCGUUGAACAUGGAAGCUUACAUGUCAGUCACAUGUCACUUUAUAAAUCAGGAGUGGGAACUUUGUAACUUUGUAUUGGCAACCAAAGCAAUGGAGGUGAGCCAUACGGGCGUCCAUAUAGCGCAACUGCUUGGAGAAGUGGCGGAGUCCUUCGCUAUUCCAAAUUAUAAGCGAGUAGCAGUUGUUCACGACAACGCUAGCAAUAUGAAGCUGAGCACGGAAACUCUGAAGAAGGAACCAGAAAAAUGGGGCAACGUUCAAGGAGUUUUCUGCUCAGGACACACACUACAGCUAUGCAUAAACAGUGCUCUAAAACAGGACAGAAUACGACGCACAAUUUCGGCUGCUAGGAAUCUAGUGGGACACUUCAAAAAAAGUGCGAAAGCUACAAUUGCCCUAAAAGAUAAACAAAAGCAGCAAAAUGUUGUUGAGCACAGUCUUACACAAGACAUCGCUACUCGUUGGAACUCCACAUGUGAAAUGCUUGACCGGCUGUUGGAGCAACGAUGGCCGGUGACGGCUGUUUUGUCAGAUCCCAGCAUUACGAAGAAAGGUGAUCGCACCCUGGAUCUGUCAACCGAGCAGUGGAAACUGGCACAAGAUUUAGUAGAAGUACUUAGGCCCCUAAUCACGCUCACGGAGGUGCUCUCACAGGAGGAGAACGUGUCAUUGUCCUCAGCUGUGCCAAUGCUCUUUAACCUGAAGAAACGCCACCUGUCACUCGAGGAGGAGGACGAAACCCCAGCCAUCAGAGAAAUGAAAAAGACCCUCAUCACGGAGAUCGACAACCGAUGGCAGCUUUUGACUAUGGAGCCCAAGAGCAUCUACCUCCUUUCUUCAGCACUGGACCAACGAUUCAAACAUUUAAAAUUCCUUCAAAAUGACAUGAGGAACCUCGUCUACACGGAGGUUGUCCAUCUGGCUGAACAUCUGCACCAGCAACAGGCUGUUCCAGGGGAGGAAAAAGAGCAGGCAGCAGGAGGAGAAGAGGAGCCCGAAGCACCACCACACAAGAAACGGAGACAGCAGGAGAUUUCAAUGCUGAUGCAGUCUGAUGAAGAAGAGGAAGAGCACAAUGAAUCCAGUGCAGCGAAAGAGAUGGAGCAGUAUUUAAAGGACACAACAAAAGUCCAGUCUGGUCCACUCACAUGGUGGAAACAAAACAGCAACCGCUACCCCAAACUAGCUUUCGCAGCUAAAUACUGCCUUUGCGUACCGGCCACAUCGACCCCGUCGGAGCGUAUUUUUUCCAAGGCCGGCUACAUAGUUAACAAGACACGAAGCUCACUUUUACCAGAAAAUGUGAACAAACUUGUGUUUCUUGCACACAACAUGAAGAAGGUGUAGUUAUACGUAUACGUACUUAC